AUGUGUUUAACUCUUAUUUUAUUCUUUUUCUUUUCUUCCUCUUCUUAUACUCAUUUUUCUUCUCCUUCUUCUUCUUCUUCUUCUUCUUCUUCUUAUUAUUAUUAUUAUUAUUAUUAUUAUUAUUCUCCUCCUACUUCGUUUUUCAUUCUCCCUCUUCUUCUUCUUAUUAUUAUUAUUCUCCUCCUACUUCGUUUUUCCUUCUCUCUCUCCUUCUUCUUAUUAUUCUCCUCCUACUUCGUUUUUCCUUCUCCCUCUCCUUCUUCUUAUUAUUCUCCUCCUACUUCGUUUUUCCUUCACCCUCUCCUUCUUCUUCUUAUUCUCCUCCUACUUCGUUUUUCCUUCACCCUCUCCUUCUUCUUCUUAUUCUCCUCCUACUUCGCCUUUCCUUCUCUCUCUCCUUCUUCUUAUUAUUCUCCUCCUGCUUCGUUUUUCCUUCUCCCUCUCCUUCUUCUUAUUAUUCUCCUUCUACUUCUUGGAUCUAGCAAGGCGCAACCGACAGUGGUUAUCGCUCAUGUUAUCUAUCUAUCUAUCUAUCUAUCUAUCUAUCUAUCUGAGUCUGUUCAGAUCGAAUCCUAUCUAUCUAUCUAUCUAUCUAUCUAUCUAUCUAUCUAUCUGAGUCUGUUCAGAUCGAAUCCUAUCUAUCUAUCUAUCUAUCUAUCUAUCUAUCUAUCUAUCUAUCAGAUCGAAUCCUAUCUAUCUAUCUAUCUAUCUAUCUCUUUGAUAACAUGA